AUGAAGCUACUCAUUGUAUUAAUUUCUUUAUUGGUGGCUAUUACGUUGUCAUAUUCAGCUCCACAGCCUAAUUUUGAAGACUACGCCCGAUCUGGUGAGCAAAUCAAGUCUUACGACACAGUUGAAAAUAAUUCAAAACCUGGAUUUUGGACAAAGAUCAAAAAUGGAACUAGAAACUUUUACUACAGAUGUGUUAAGUUUAAUUCAACGGCUGUUGAUCCCCAAAACGAUGAAACUGAUGAUUCCUUAACAUUCCUAAAUUCGACUGACAUUCCAGUCCCUAAAGAAGGUUGUUUAAAAUAUAUUGGAAAAGUAGGAAGAAAGGGAAAAAAUUGGAUUUUUGGAAAGGUUUCAAAUUUUAAAAGCUUUUUAUUUGGAAGUAGUCAAGACAUUGAUAAUGAUGCUGAAAUAGCAACCGAGUCAUAUUCUUAUUGGUCAUUAAAUGGAACAAAAACUAAAGUUUUUGUGAAAGUAAAUGCAACAACGGAAAAUCCAUCAGAAGAAUACGAAGACAACACUGAUUCCGAAUUCGAAUGA